UUACUUUGCAGCUAGCAGCACUCGUCCCAGCUACCUCUCCACCCCACCAACAGCUCUCGGCCGGCCAUGUCGGCGACGGGGGCGCCGGCCGUCGUCGAGCUCGACUUCCUCGGCCUCCGCGCCGCUCCCGACGACGACGGUCGCCACACCAAGAGCUCCUCCUCCAUCCGAGGGAUGGAGACGAGCGCGAUAGCCAGGAUAGGGCCCCACCUGCUGCGCCGCGUCAUCGCCGGCUCUCCUUCGACGCCGCCGCCGCCGGAGCAGGAGGAGGAGGAGGUGGUGAAGGCUGCCGCCGCUGCCUCUUCCGUCAUGGGCGGCGCCGCUCCGACUCCGAUGACGCUCUUCUACAACGGCUCGGUCGCCGUCUUCGACGUCUCUCACGACAAGGCAGAGGCUAUAAUGAGGAUGGCGACAGAGGUGACGACUAAGGCAAAAGCACUCGAUCAUUGCAAUGCAAUUGUGGGGAAUUUUGCCAAAGACAUGCCACUCGCAAGAACUAAAUCUCUGCAACGAUUCCUCUCCAAGAGAAAAGAUAGGUUGACCAGCUUGGGUCCAUACAAGGUGAGUGGGCCCGGUGUUGGCACCACCAAGUCUGGUCGUGUGAAGGCAGAGGACGGCACCGCGGCGUAGUUUUAGCUGAGGCUGGCCGGAUUAGUUACUGUUGAUUUGGUCCCCUUGAUUGAUCAUUAAUCAUUGUUUGAUUCUAUUAGAAAGUAGAGAAAGAGCUAUAUGAGAUAAUAGUCCCUCCAACUUUUUUUAAGUUGACUUUGUUGACUCAAAGUGUAUUCAGUAAAAAAACAAACGAUAACAAAACAAUUAAUUAUUAUGUAUUUUUAGUAGGACAAAUAGUCGAUCGAAAAAUCAACGGUGCUAAAUAGAAAAAUGAAGGGAGUAUAUUACAUUAAAGAGUACUUUCUAAUACAAACUUCAUAUGGUAGGCAUGGCCCAACCCCUGUGUGUUUAGUGUUCUAAAGAUUCAUUAUAUAGGUCUGAGUGUAAUAUUAUCUAUUCGAUUACAAGGCUGUGGAUUGUAUGAAAAUAUUAGAUGCACUUAUGCUUUAUUAUACAGUAGCUCUAUACAAGUACUUCAUUCAUGUACCACAGUUUGCUGGCUCUUAGAAGAAAACACACAAGUACAUAUAAGGGCAAUAACAACAAUGUAAAG